CCUGUGGGCUUAUGGCGGAGCGGCGCCUGUGGGCUGUGACCCUCCCUGGGCCGCCAUUGUCGUGCUGGCCAAGCUUCUCUGCGUGACUCGUUUGCUUCACCUCGCCCGCAAAUCGAGACCACUGGAAAAUCCCUGAUCCAAUCUGCGUCCUUCUACACCCAGGCAGCGUCAUUGGCCUGCCGGGUCUCUGCCGGCAGCCUCAACAGGACCGACCCGAUCCCCGGGCCUAGCACGGGAGGGGCCCGAGUCAGGGAGAACAAUUGCUACGUUCCAGUCCUGGAGGCUUCUGUUAGCCAGACUGAGAGCCGCGACGGGUUUCCAAAGCCCUGCUGGCUAGGAAGUGCUUCUCCCAGUGCUCACGAGGAACUGAGCCUGGUCUGGUGUCUGGAGGAACAAGUUGUAGCACCGAUCGUGCCCAGCACAGACUUGUCCCUACCCCACCACCCAACCUACUCUCCUGCUUCAUUCCUCUCAGAGCCCACGGUCCCCAAACAGUGCACCUGCCGGAGGUCCCAACCCAGUGGGAGAAGUGGACAUGAGGUUGGCAGGCCCCCUUCGCAUCGUGGCCCUAAUCAUCACUAUGGGUCUCUCCUGGAUCCUAGUCACCAUCCUCCUGGGUGGUCCUGGUGGUGGCCUUCCUCGAAUUCAACAAUUCUUCACCAGCCCAGAGAACUCAGUGACUGCAGGCGGGGCUGCCAAUGUCAUCGGGCCCAAGAUCUGCCUCGAGGACAAGAUGCUCAUGAGCAGCGUCAAGGACAAUGUGGGCCGUGGGCUGAACAUCGCUCUGGUGAAUGGGGUCAGUGGUGAGCUCCUGGAAGCCAGAGCCUUUGACAUGUGGGCUGGAGAUGUCAAUGAUCUUUUGAAGUUCAUCCGGCCACUGCAUGAAGGUACCCUAGUGUUUGUGGCAUCCUAUGAUGAUCCAGCUACAAAGAUGAAUGAAGAGACCAGGAAGCUUUUUUCUGAGCUGGGCAGCAGGAACGCCAAGGAACUAGCCUUCCGUGACAGCUGGGUGUUUGUGGGAGCCAAGGGUGUGCAGAACAAGAGCCCCUUUGAGCAGCAUGUGAAGAACAGUAAGCACACCAACAAGUAUGAGGGCUGGCCAGAGGCCCUGGAGAUGGAAGGCUGUAUCCCUCGAAGAAGCAUGGUGGGCUAGCACAGCAGAGCUCUGGGACCAGACUGAAGGAGGCAGCAUGGCACCAGUGUAGGGUGAAGGCCUUGUCCCAUGCCCAAGCAUGAGGCUCCCUUGCCCCAAUACAUCAGGGCUUGAAAGUGGCCUCAAGGUUAUUAGGGCUGCAGGGCUGGCCCAUUUCACUUUGCUAUGGAGCUUAGGUAGUUGUGUCCCUGUUUUCCUAAAAUUGAUUCCACAGUCAGUUCCACCCAGCCCCUUCCUCUGCCCCUCCUGUGUCAUCUUCUGUUUCUUGAGUGACCCCAGAGGCAAGGGUCUUCAGUGCUUGCUCCUUUCACUGGAGCAGCCAGAGGGUAGGUUGGGACACCUUCCAGAUCCUCUCCCUCCCAGAGGCACUGCACUGCCAUCCAACCCUGUUUUCAGUGUGAUCCUUUUUAAGUAAGCCAUAUCAAAGCUUAAUCAGGUCACUUCUGCAAACAUGAAUGGAGGACUGGCCUUUGGUGCCCAAGUAGCUGGAGUCCAAUCAAAGUUUCUCACAAGUAUAUGGCAAUAUGCAGUUUGUCAGAGGUCUCACCUUCUAAAUGACCUGUUUGCUAAUAAACUAAUCAAUGGCAAUGGAAUAAAAUGUA